ACUGGCCGGCGCCCAGCCUCCGCUAGGGGACCCCCUCCAUGGCUUCCCACCGGGUUGUUCCAGGCCUCAGCUUCGCCGAGAAAGGCCUCACUACCUCCGACCUCCGCCUGCCCUGGGGAUGCUCCCAGCCCUGCUGCGGCAGAACGCGACGUGCUAACCGGAAUCCCUAGGCCGCCCGUCUCCUACCCAUACUUGGAGGCCCCGCUCAGACGGUCCUUAAAACAUCUGAAAGGCCGUUCCUGCCAGAGUCCCUGCUGUUACCUCAACCCCUAUUUAGUCCUAGUGGACAGCCUCGCUCACCUUCCCUGGGAUGACACUUCUGGCGGCUGAGAUGAGCGAGCCUCUCUGGACUCUGCCGCCGGGCGUGGGCUGACCUGCCUACAGCUGGGGCCUGAUAAGGCAGCAGCAAAAGGGUGGAGGGGAGGCAGUGUUGAAGCUGGGGCAAGUAAUUUUCCCUAAUUUACAGGGAAAAACCGAAAUUCAGAAAAGUUUAAUGUCACCCAGGGGCUGGAACCCAGACCUCUGGCAGCUCUCACUUUCAUGAUGCCAUUGGGCUGACUAGGCUGCAGAGGGGUUUCACCCCAACCCCAGGGCACCUCAAGUGUCCCCACCAAACCUUCCUAACACCUGUCCACUAAGUAAGGAGGCCUCUCAGGGGGCUAGCUGUACUAGGCCCUUGCAACUGACCCAUGGGACCUGAGGCCUGGCCCCUCAUGGCUCCUGUCACCAGGUCUCAGGUCAGGGUCCAGCAGGCUCUGACCUGACGUGUGGAGCCAGAGCCACCCAAUCCCGUAGGGACAGGUUUCACAACUUCCCGGAUGGGGCCGUGGUGGGUCACAGUGCAGCCUCCAGCCAGAAGGAUGGGGUGGCUCCCACUCCUGCUGCUUCUGACCCAAUGCUUAGGGGUCCCUGGGCAGCGCUCGCCAUUGAAUGACUUCCAGGUGUUCCGGGGCACAGAGCUACAGCACCUGCUACAUGCAGUGGUGCCGGGGCCUUGGCAGGAGGAUGUGGCAGAUGCUGAAGAGUGUGCUGGUCGCUGUGGGCCCUUAAUGGACUGCCGGGCCUUCCACUACAAUGUGAGCAGCCAUGGUUGCCAACUGCUGCCAUGGACUCAACACUCGCCCCACACGAGGCUGCGGCGUUCUGGGCGCUGUGACCUCUUCCAGAAGAAAGACUACAUACGGACCUGCAUCAUGAACAAUGGGGUUGGGUACCGGGGCACCAUGGCCACGACAGUGGGUGGCCUGCCCUGCCAGGCUUGGAGCCACAAGUUCCCGAAUGAUCACAAGUACACGCCCACGCUCCGGAAUGGCCUGGAAGAGAACUUCUGCCGUAACCCUGAUGGCGACCCCGGAGGUCCUUGGUGCUACACAACAGACCCUGCCGUGCGCUUCCAGAGCUGCGGCAUCAAAUCCUGCCGGGAGGCCGCGUGUGUCUGGUGCAAUGGCGAGGAUUACCGCGGCGCGGUAGACCGCACGGAGUCAGGGCGCGAGUGCCAGCGCUGGGAUCUCCAGCACCCGCACCAGCACCCCUUCGAGCCGGGUUCCUCGACCAAGGUCUGGACGACAACUAUUGCCGGAAUCCUGACGGCUCCGAGCGGCCAUGGUGCUACACUACGGAUCCGCAGAUCGAGCGAGAGUUCUGUGACCUUCCCCGCUGCGGGUCCGAGGCACAGCCCCGCCACGAGGCCACAACUGUCAGCUGCUUCCGCGGGAAGGGUGAGGGCUACCGGGGCACAGCCAAUACCACCACCGCGGGCGUACCUUGCCAGCGUUGGGACGCGCAAGUCCCGCAUCAGCACCGAUUUACGCCAGAAAAAUACGCGUGCAAAGACCUUCGGGAGAACUUCUGCCGAAACCCCGACGGCUCAGAGGCGCCCUGGUGCUUCACACUGCGGCCCGGCAUGCGCGUGGCCUUUUGCUACCAGAUCCGGCGUUGUGCGGACGACGUGCGGCCCCAGGACUGCUACCACGGCGCAGGGGAGCAGUACCGCGGCAAGGUCAGCAAGACCCGCAAGGGUGUCCAGUGCCAGCGCUGGUCCGCUGAGACGCCGCACAAGCCGCAGUUCACGUUUACCUCCGAACCGCAUGCACAACUGGAGGAGAACUUCUGCCGAAACCCAGAUGGGGAUAGCCAUGGGCCCUGGUGCUACACGAUGGACCCAGGGACCCCAUUCGACUACUGUGCCCUGCGACGCUGCGCUGAUGACCAGCCGCCAUCAAUCUUGGACCCCCCAGGUUAGGAGUUGGGCCAGUUAUGGGUCAGGCCCUCUAGCCCACCACAUCCACACAGUCUGGGUUUCAUCCAGCCCACCCCAUCCUACAGACCAGGUGCAGUUUGAGAAGUGUGGCAAGAGGGUGGAUCGGCUGGAUCAGCGUCGUUCCAAGCUGCGCGUGGUUGGGGGCCAUCCGGGCAACUCACCCUGGACAGUCAGCUUGCGUAAUCGGCAGGGCCAGCAUUUCUGCGGGGGGUCUCUAGUGAAGGAGCAGUGGAUACUGACUGCCCGGCAGUGCUUCUCCUCCUGCCAUAUGCCUCUCACGGGCUAUGAGGUAUGGUUGGGCACCCUGUUCCAGAACCCACAGCACGGAGAGCCAGGCCUACAGCGGGUCCCAGUAGCCAAGAUGGUGUGUGGGCCCUCAGGCUCCCAGCUUGUCCUGCUCAAGCUGGAGAGAUCUGUGACCCUGAACCAGCGUGUGGCCCUGAUCUGCCUGCCCCCUGAAUGGUAUGUGGUGCCUGCAGGGACCAAGUGUGAGAUUGCAGGCUGGGGUGAGACCAAAGGUACAGGUAAUGACACAGUCCUAAAUGUGGCCUGGCUGAACGUCAUCUCCAACCAGGAGUGUAAUAUCAAGCACCGAGGACGUGUGCGGGAGAGCGAGAUGUGCACUGAGGGACUGUUGGCCCCUGUGGGGGCCUGUGAGGGUGACUACGGGGGCCCACUUGCCUGCUUUACCCACAACUGCUGGGUCCUGGAAGGAAUUAUAAUCCCCAACCGAGUAUGCGCAAGGUCCCGCUGGCCAGCCGUCUUCACGCGUGUCUCUGUGUUUGUGGACUGGAUUCACAAGGUCAUGAGACUGGGUUAGGCCCAGCCUUGACCCCAUAUGCCUUGGGGAGGACAAAACUUCUUGUCAGACAUAAAGCCAUUUUUCUUCUUUA